UCUCACCAUUUUUAUAUUUCUUGUUUCUUGAAACUAUAAGGAGGCUAUUUAUCUAUCUCAUCUCACACAACCUUCAAUGUAAACAGAGAGACCACACUUUCUUAGUUCCAAACUCAACUUUUGAGGCUCUUUUAUGCCUUGUUCUGUUGCAGCUCAACCUUAGUUUACUUAGCAGUUUUCAUACCAUGAAUGCUUCAAAGUUCAUUAAAUGUGUCACCGUUGGAGAUGGGGCUGUUGGGAAAACCUGCAUGCUCAUUUGCUACACCAGCAACAAGUUCCCCACUGAUUACAUACCGACAGUAUUUGAUAAUUUUAGUGCCAAUGUUGCUGUGGAUGGAAGUAUUGUGAAUUUGGGGCUAUGGGACACAGCAGGCCAGGAAGACUAUAGCAGGUUGAGGCCACUGAGCUACAGAGGAGCAGACAUUUUUGUCUUAGCAUUCUCACUGAUUAGCAGAGCUAGCUAUGAAAAUGUUCUCAAGAAGUGGAUGCCAGAACUGCGUAGAUUUGCACCUAAUGUUCCAAUUGUUCUUGUUGGUACAAAGUUAGAUCUCCGUGAAGACCGGGGUUAUCUGGCUGAUCACAUGGGAUCUAAUGUCAUAACAUCUGCUGAGGGGGAAGAACUGAGGAAACAAAUAGGUGCAGCAGCUUACAUUGAGUGCAGUUCAAAGACUCAACAGAAUGUCAAAGCAGUGUUUGAUACUGCAAUUAAAGUUGUGCUUCAACCUCCAAGGAGGAAAGAAAUGGCUAGGAAGAAAAGGCAUAGAAGGUCUGGUUGCUCGUUUGUAAGUAUUGUGUGUGGAGGUUGUGCUGCUUAACACAUCUAUUGCACCGUCACUUUUGAUAUGGAUGUUAUUUUGCAAAAGCUUCAAGGUCCAAGUGUGGAAACCUGACAUCUAAUCACAAUUUCAGAAUGUGUGUACCCUUAUGCUUGUAUUGUAACUGGUGUAAGAUAGUAAUAUCUAGUUAUUUCCUCUUCACAAGGCCACUGAAGGGAAUUUUUCAUUCUCUCAGUUGUUAUUUAGGCAUGUUAUGAUGUAUUUAUCAUUAUAUUACCAAAUCAUAAUGGGAACCUUUGUAUUUUUCCUUCA